AUGGUGACCACGGAAUCUCUCCAGCUCGCGCCUCCGGCGAGGGGCGGGGCAGGAUUCAUUGUGACGCCAGUGACAGCCGCGCCCUCAGAGCGCGGGGAGGCGGUGGUGGGAGAGGCUGCUUUGCGGCUGCGGUGCGAGAAAGCUCGGGUGUUUGCAGGCUUUAGGGGCGGCGACAGCGCUCGGGGCGGGUGCUUCUUCGCUGGCUUGCGGCGGAGAGCUCAGAGCGGGUGGUCCCUUGCUCACCGGUGGCGCGGCGGAGGAUUGGGGGCGGGCGUUCUCCGCUUGCUGGGAAGCGGCGGCUGCUUAGGUGGUAAUAUAAACAGGGAGCAUGUCACCAUCACCUCAACAAGAUCAGAAUUUAACUUUACGCUUGUUAUCCCUAAGUUCAUCAAAAGACAACCUGGUUCUUCACAUCUUCCUGAAGUACAGUAUUACCUGUCCUGUGUCAUAGGUGGCAGCUGCCCACCAUAUUCAGCCAUGCGUCCGCUGGUGUUCCUGUGUGCCCAACAGGUGAUCAAGGAUGAGGAAUCUGCAUGCCAAGCCUUGGAGCUUCUGCCACAGGAUUUGUACCCAGUCCUGUUCAAGGCAGCCUUCAUGCAUGGGAAGACACUAUUGCUUCAGGCAUUGGUGCAUACGUGGCCCUAUCCCAUUCUUAGCUUCAAGCAGUUAUUGCAAGAUCGGCCACAUUGCCGUAGGGCUCUGAGGCAGGACUGGCCACACUGCCUCCGAGCCCUUCUCCAGGAAUGUCCAAACUGCCCCCGGGCCUUGCUUCAGGACCGACCUGCAGAGGAGCUGGUACAAGCAAUGAUCAUGGGAGUAAAAGCACGGCUGGAAGAAUCAACAGAUAAUGGAACUCAGCAAUCCCUCUACAGGAGACAUCCACUACAGCUAUUAGACAUGACUGGACUCCUGGAUUAUGGCUAUGAGGAGGACUUAAAAACUAUGAAAAUGUGGGCCCGUACCAUGACCAUGGCCCAAACUGGCAUUUGCCACCUCUUGGACAAAGUUGAGCAGCCAAAUGAAAGCCCCAACAAGUGUAGGAAGGUUGAGGACUUGCCAUGCACACUUCUCCCUGUAGAAGUACGAGUGGAUCUCUGGGUAACCCCCUCCUCCAGUGGCUUUCUGAAGCAGGCCCUACAGAAUAAUGCCAUCAGCCCCCUGCGCUUGUGCUGCCGGGAUUUCCGAGCCGAAGACCUCCCACCAGACAUCACUGUGGAUCUCCUGGGGCUAUUGGACCACUCAAGCUUACGCCGGCUAGACCUGUCCUUCUUUACUCUAGAAGCAGGAGGAGUGUGGGAGAUUGUGGCUUCCAUCAUGAAGUUCACUAAUCUACUGAGUUUGAAACUUCAGUACAGCAAUAUGGAUGUGUGGCGGCUCUGGGCCAUGUUGGAAGGCACCUUCAGUUUCUUGGCUUCAGAGAUGAGCAAGCUGAAACGCCUCAAGGAGCUUAAUCUGGGUACCUCCUGGCUCUCUGGCCAGCUGAGGCAGCUGCUUAGUGGCCUGCAGUGUCCCCUGGAAAGCCUGGAACUUCCUGUUUGCUACCUGCUCCCUGUGGAUUUGAGCUACUUGUCCCAAAGCCCCCAUGCUCCCCACCUCAAAAAACUGGACCUCAGUGGCAACAACCUGUCAGGUGACCUCUUGCCCCCCUUCCAGGCUCUUUUGGGGGAGGCCUCAGACUCCUUGCUGUGUCUGAAGGUGACAGAGUGCCAGCUCAUGGAUGUUCACCUUAUUAGUACCCUGCCACUUCUGUCCCGCUGUACCCGUCUACGAUACCUUGGUCUCUAUGACAAUCCCCUUUCUAGCAUUGGGCUGAAGGCCUUACUGUCACGUUCUGAGGUAAUGCCUGACCUCCAGCUGGUUGUAUACCCAUUUCCGGUGGACUGCUAUAAGGACCUACCUGGUGUGCCCCUUUCUGCAAACCUCUUAGAGGACUAUAUUGAUGAGGAGAAGUUUGCUCAGGUUCAAGGAGAGAUGCACCAGAUGCUAAUAGCAGCAGGCAGGGCUGAUGUGCUGUGGACCACAGAUGUCUAUGGCCCAAAUAUGCCCGACUACUUUAGCUUGUGA